AGCUGACAUGCCAAACAGAAUAAAUUCACUUCUACUCAAAGAAGAAGCUAAAUGAUUAAAAGCAACACACUUCAGCUUCUUACUCUAAGAGGAGGAGAGAACAUGGUUAGUUUCCCUUCUAUCCGCUAUUUUCAUUGCCCUAAACGCCGUCAAACGCAACAGGCUCCUCCACGUCUCCACCCAGCGUUCAAUUGGUGAAAUUUUCCUCUUAUAUCACUCCAGAAUCCAGCGGGAAGGAGGUGCUGCCCUAGUAAUCAUCUUGGAAUAUUUUUGUCCUUUACGAUGUCCUUUCGAAUCGUUGUAGUUGGAGACAUCCACGACUAUUGGGAACACGAGCAUGACCUGAAAGCACUCAGGUGUUUGAACCCAGAUAUAGUGCUGUUUACAGGUGACUUUGGCAACGAGAACGUGGAGCUCGUACGGGGAAUCGCUGCUGGGGUUGACAUUCCCAAAGCGGCAAUUCUUGGAAAUCACGAUUCCUGGUCUACUUCUAAGUUCACAUCAAAGGUCAAAGAUGGAGUUCAGCUUCAGCUUGAAAGCUUUGGUGAACAACACGUUGGCUACAAUCGCCUCCACUUUCCUGCAUUUAAGCUUAGUGUUGUGGGCGGGAGGCCUUUUUCUUGUGGCGGUGAUCAACUAUUCAGGAAAAAGCUUUUGACCAAAAGAUAUGGAGUUCAUAACAUGGAAGAAAGUGCCCAGAAAAUACAUCAGGCAGCUUUAGAUAUACCCGAGGAGCAUUCAAUUGUAGUUCCAGCAGGUCUUGGUUCUAAUCAAGAUGACAUAUGUGGCAAAGAUUGGGACAAUGAGGGCGGAGACCAUGGGGAUCGAGAUUUAGCUCAAGCAAUAUCUCUAAUAAAAGAGACCAACAAGAACCCCAUUCCCCUGGUCGUCUUCGGUCACAUGCAUAAACAACUUGAAAAUGGAUGCUGUAGGAAGAUGUUAGCCAUUGGUGGUGACAAAACAGUGUACUUGAACGCAGCCAUUGUUCCAAGGGUGAAGCAUCCAAGCUUUGGAGGUUCGUCUCGGGCCUUCACUGUGGUAGAAUUCUGCGAUGGUGAAAUAAUCAAGGUGGUUGAAACUUGGGUGUUGGUUAGCACCGAUGGUAAGACAUCCUUGGGCGAGGAGGAUGUUCUGUUUAGCCGCGAGUUUAGCACCGAUGGUAAGACAUCCUUGGGCAUCUCAAAGCUUGUGCCUAUUGCGGGGUAAAGGGAGUCGGAUUUACGCAGUCUCACCCUACUUUGAUUUAACUUCCCGCCCAUUGGAGCAUAGUUUUUAACUCUCCCUCUAUCUAAACUAUACAAAUCACUCCUUCCGUUCCAAUUUUGAUUACAAUUUUUUUCUUACCUCUUGAUAAUUUUUGUUUAUUUGUGUGUUUUCAUUGAUUAUUUGAUAAAAUCAAUUUUUUUUUACGUA